CUCGGACUCCGUACACUCGAAGAAGAAGCGUUAGGAUGGGAAACAGUGCGUUGAAAGCCCACCUGGAAACAGCACAGAAGACCGGGGUGUUCCAGCUGACGGGAAAGGGACUCACAGAGUUUCCUGAAGACCUGCAGAAGCUAACAAGCAACUUAAGGACAAUAGAUUUGUCGAACAACAAAAUAGAGCUCUUGCCACCACUCAUUGGAAAAUUUUCCCUUUUGAAGAGCCUUGUUCUAAACAACAACAAACUGACUGCUCUACCUGAGGAGCUGUGUAGACUGAAAAAACUGGAAACACUGCAUUUGAAUGGCAAUCACUUGAGGCAGCUACCAGCUGCAUUUGGACAACUUUCAGCUCUCAAAACUUUGAAUCUUUCUGGGAACCAGCUUCGGACUGUGCCUACACAACUUUGUGGUCUUCGCCACUUGGACGUGGUGGAUCUUUCCAAAAACCAGAUCCAGAAUGUACCUGACAGUGUGGGAGAACUGCAGGCCAUUGAACUCAAUUUGAAUCAGAAUCAGAUUUCCCAGAUCUCAGUGCAGAUCUCACACUGUCCACGUCUCAAAGUCUUGCGUUUAGAAGAAAAUUGUCUAGAACUUAGCAUGCUUCCUCAGAGUAUCCUCAGUGAUUCCCAGAUCUCACUGCUUGCAGUUGAAGGCAACCUCUUUGAAAUCAAGAAACUCAGAGAACUGGAGGGUUAUGACAAGUACAUGGAACGGUUUACAGCUACAAAGAAGAAAUUUGCGUGAUUUUGUUCUGGUUGUGUGUAUCCCUGGUAAGAAGUUAGUGACUGAGCCACCCGCUUCACUGACAUAAACCAAGACUGAUAAAGGAGAUUAGAGUAUCCUCUCUAUUAGUUGCAUACAGUCGGUAAGACCACAUUGAAUAAACUGGAACUAGAGAGCACAGGUACUGUACUGAUGAACCUGCCUAGGGGCCAGUUUUCUUUUUGAGCCGCUAUAACUUUUUAACACAGUACACAUUCUCUGUUGUCAGGGCUCGUUCUUCCAUAGAGAAGGGGAAAGGGUAUUCCAAAUUUGCCAGUUUCCCUUUGUCAGGAAGCUACUGAUUGAUUUCUAAGAGAAUUAUUUCUCCUAGAAUCACUUUCCAUGAUAGUACAUGGAAGUUUUGCUUUCAAAGCAGAUUCAAAACAUUGUAUAUUUUGCAGUAACUCUUCUACAGUAAACUCUUCUACAGAGAACUUCCACAGAUGUUUUAGUUCUUAACUUAUACAAAUUUUUCUAUGAAGCACAGAUAGUUAUAGCUAAUUUUUAUUAACUGGCUCUAGUAAACAAAUGACUUGAACAUUCUUCAUUCAUACUUCUCUGUAUAGACUUUCUUUUCCCAUAAGUAAGAAUUGCACUACAGUCCUCUACUGCUUGAGCUAUGUCAAAUAAAAAUGAAGUUCACCUUUAGUGUAUUCAGUAAAAAUGUAUACUGCUGGAAAAUAUCCUUGCACUGACUCUUAGUGAAAGUCUUAGCUGUCUCCCUACUGCUGCUGCCUUAGUACCAAAAGCACCUAGACAGAAUUGAAGAUGUAUGCAAUUAUUUAACUUAUUCUAAAGAAGGAAGUGUACUUGUUUAUUUUAGUAAAAUGUUUUCAAAAACUCAUUUCAAGCUUUAUUUGGUGUACCUGCUGCUGUUGUCACUUUUACCAGUAGUAUUAAGCUGUCCUACAAACCACCACUUCAGAUACACUGUUUCAUCAGUUGCUGUUAAGAGUUGUACUUCAACCCUUUGAAAAAGCAGAGAAGUCAAGUAAGUCAACACUUAGGUAGCAAUUAAGUUAACAUGCACAAAAUAGCAAAGUAGGAACUGUACUAGGUGCAUUUCUUAGCAAACGAAGAUGGAUGCACCUCUUCCUAAUCAGAUGGUCUUCCAGUCUCACUGCAUAUAGUAAUUAUUGUUUUAUGCAUAACCUUUCAUACUUGUGGUAAGAAAGGCAUUUAGACAUUCAACUCCUUGAAGGUGCAGGUGUGAAAAUUAUAUGUAGUCAAUGUAUUAUGCCAUCUGCAACUAAGGAAAAGAAAAUGAAGUGACCUCUGUGCCAGUGUUUUUCCUCAAUAUACUAAUCUUAAUUGUAGUUAUCAUUUAUUUUAUAAGAUGCUUAGGAAUAUUGAGUUCCCUGGUCCCGUUGAAGUCUUGUUUCAUUCUUAAACUGUAAUACUUCUUACAGUAUUUUGGGGAACAUCAAUUAAUGAUUUAAAGGAUGGGUAUGAUCCAUCAUUAAACAGGUGUCAUGACCUGCAAGUUCCCCAGACUAUGAGUGCAUAAAGAUUGCAAUGGUAGACUUAGAGAAUUCUAUAAUAUGCAAGAACAGGUGUUUUAUUUCUUAGCUUUUAAUUACUGACUACUACUAUUUACCACCACUAAAGCAAGUAAUUAAUAAAGCACACGUUAUUUCAAGCGUUACCAGCCUGCUGUAAUACUUGCCAAAUUGCUCUCAGGACUGAGGGUAGUUGAUGAAGGACAAAGUUUCACUUCAGAGAUGAUUUGCAUUGUAGAGUCCAGAGUCAGCUAGGUGUUCAGACUCCAAGGUCUUGUCUAUCCCUUAGAUCUCGAAUAGAGAUGUUCUCUCAGGGGAGUAAUAAGAAAGAAGUUCCAUUUUGAGUAGACAGCAAGAUAUUUUUGGUUGGUAAGGACACAACUACCUGCCACUGCUAGCUUUUGUUCUACCUGUAACUGCCACAUUUGUUUUUAGUUUCUUGCUUUCCUAAAGCUUCUCCCCUCCCCUUUAAUGAACAAGCAAAAACAAUACCAUUCUCUGAUUAAUUUCCACUUUUUACCUGUUAUUACAGUUUGUUUUUAUAGUUAUCAGAGCUACCCCAUCCCUAUCUGAGGCUCUCAGGUACCUAGAGAGAUCAAGGAUGGUACAGAUUCUUGGGCUAGUAGUUCCUUGUCUGACAGACAUCUUCUGUUAGUAUUGCUGUCAUUAUAACCAGGCUGGCGACAGUAGGAACCGGUCUACACUUAAGGACUUCCCCAUUCCAGGUGCUAUCUUAAACAAGAAGUAGCUGACAGGAAGACAGUGCUUACUAUACUGCUUUGUUUUGCAUGUCAAAAUAAUUGCAAGGCCAGAUAAUCAGAAACUUGUUCCUCUAUAUUAAUAAACUCCACAGAUGACAACUUGCAGAAAUUUAGCAGUGAAUAGGUUAAGCCUCAAACUUGUUUCAAGUUCAGCUCCUUUCAGUUGAUACCUGAAAUCCAAUUUGAAGCAGAAGCUUUCUUCCUACAGACUUGCAGUGCUUGAGACACCCACAGACCAACCCCCCCUUCAUUUUAGCAGAUUUCCCAAUGCAUGGGACAGGAGCAACUGACCUAACAGUACAACAGGAUAAUUUAUCAUUAAUAUCAUGCACUUUGCAAUACUAUGCCGUGGAUCUGUGGGUGCUUUUUUUUUUUUUUUUUAAACUGAAAAUACUUGUUCUCAGGCAUGCUGCUCCUCUUAAGCUUAAGUUGUUUAUCAGCAUUCUUUGUCUGAGAUUUGUCAAAGAUUUGUAUGCAGGAACAGAAAGUAAUAGGUAUUAGGAAACAAGAGCAGCAGAAUACUUGAGAAAGUGUCAGUUGGCACUGCCAUAAAAAAAAAAAUCUCAGUGGUUUUGAAAUAUUUGAGAUACUACAUCAGUAUUUCUGUUGUCUAUGUGAUUGCCAGUACAUUUAGAAACCUUUCAGUUACUCAUGGCUCUUCUGCUACCUUGGAGUUACAGCAUCUACCAGAAGUUUCAUCAAGCAAAGGGAAACACACCAUGAAAAAUACUAAAUGCUGCCAAGUUAGUCUUGAACUAUACAAAUCUGUAUCAAAAUAGAAGGGGAUUUGUUUCAAGAAAAAAAUUUCAUGUUCUAGGUCACAGUAAUGAAUGUGUUCAAGUACAGAAUAGCAUCCAGUUCAGUGACGCUUCAUCACUACACUUAAUCUAUCAAUAGUUUUACAUCAGCAAUUUCUGUUUUCCCUUCUCCUCACCCCUUAUGCAAAAGGAUUUUAUUUCCAUGCACAAAAAUAUAUCAUUUUACUUUGGAAAUUACUGAGUUAGAAAAAGUUAAAUGAACUGAUUGUAAACUAGGGUAUUUUAUUUCAUACUGAUUUCAUUUGCUCUCUAAUUAUUUUUAUUAGCUGCAUAAAUAUACAGUUUUCAUCUGUUUAUUCAGUUAGUAUUUAGAUAAAGUACUGUUACUUCAAGUGCAAAGGCAAAUAAGCACAUUUUUCCACAGCAAAGCCUUUGCAGAGGAGGGAGUUUUGCAAGCUACUGCACAAGCAAUAUGUACUGCAGCUCAUAUAUAGCUACCUGUCAAAAACCUUACUCACUUUUCACGAAGACGUAGGCUAGCUCAAAUUUCAUAGUAUACCAUGAAUUACUGUAUAAAUAUGCCUAAAGGACAUCUACAACACAUUCAGAAUAAUUAUAUACUCCAUUUGUCCAAUUCUUAAAAAUUUUUAACCUAGCUCUUAGUAAAAAUAUGCUAGGCAGCCCAACUUUAUAUGAGAAAUGAUUCUUCCAAGCCAUUUCCGGAUACCACUAUUCUUUCUUGAAGCUCAGAACUGUUUCAAAUCUGUAAUCCCUCUAUCCUUAAGUGCAUUCUGCCAAUCUGAUGUUACAGUAUCAGAGAAAAUACUAUUUCAAAUAGCUUUUCAAGUGCAUUGCCAAAAAGUUAGAUCUCUGUAUUUCAUCUACUGGAUCCUUGCUUGAUAUCUGUUACUAGUAUUCAUCAUCUUGAAGAGUAGUCUCAUUUCUUAUCAGUCCUUCAAAAAAGAUGGACACAUCUGAUAGAUUGACAUUAGGUGAUAUUGUCAGUUAUGCCAGAAUGGAAACUGAAUUGUUAAAAAACAACACAAAACAAA